AUGCAAACAUUAUUUUGUAAUCCGACUAUAGAUUAUCAAGAAGCUGGACGUUUUGCAGCAAGUACACAAAGAUUUGAGAUUGGAUUGGGAAUUGCAUUAUCGCGAAUUAGAACUAACGUAACCUUCCAUGCUUGUAAAAAUAACCUAGUACUUGGAGUUCUAAUAUUGGAGGAGGACAUGAGUCAAGGAGAUAAGUGGUUAUGUGGAAUAGAAUCUAAUUCCGUGAUUUAUGAUGAUGUUAAGUGUUUAGACAGAUUUGAUGAAAUCCUUAAGGGGUAUUAUGAGCUAACCAUUGGCCUUUCUGCACAAGAAGCUCGCUUUAAUAAAGUUGCAGAAAUCACAAAGUACGAAAAGGAAGCUAUUGAUGAACAGGAACGUAUUAUGACCAAAUACCGUAACGAACAAUAUCGAAUUUAUUUACAAGAAAGAGAAGAUUUACAAAAGUUUUUGAAGCUUCAUACGUACGAAAACAGGGACAAAGACAUUUUUGCUCAGUUAGAUUUAAAUGAAGAUAGGAACGCCUUAGAAGAAGAGUUAGCGUUGAAAAGAGAAGAAUUACUGAGGGCUAGACAAGAUAUAUUGAAUGAACUCGAUACUGUAAGUGAAAGCCAAGAAAUUCGGGAGGAUCAUCAAGAAGCAUCUAUUUCUAAUACUACCGAUAAGGAACUUGCAAAGGAGCAGAUUCCAGAUGAACAAUACUUGAUUAUCGAAAUUCCAGGCGAAAGUGACGAUAUGUCUGAUAUUCCUGAUAAUCAGCAUGGAAAUGUUGCAGAAACCAAAUCUGAGAAAGGGCUUAAUAAGAAAUUUGGUAGAUCUAAAAGCAUGCAGCCUCGAUUUUCAAAGAAACCUCAGCUGGAUACCGUUAAGGAUACAGAUACAGAAGAUAGCGGCAUAAGUGACAAUGCCGCGGGUACUAUUAAACAAACUAAAGAUGAAUUUUUUGGGCUGACAGGGCCAAGAGUUAACAAAAGUGGCUCUGAGUUAUCAUCUGACGUGCCAUCUGAUUACGAAAAAAAUAAUGAUGAGUCGAUUGUACGUGGCAUUAUUAAUCGUAAGCAUGAAAUUGCAAGUGGAGGGAAAAGGGCUGAGAAGAGAUCAUGGACCAGGCUUUAUGCGGCACUCCAGAAUAGAGAAAUAUUAUUUUAUAAAGACAGAAAGCAGUAUCACAAAGGAAUACUCUUGUAUCACGUAUCGCCAUUGUCGGUGACAGACUGUAGAUGCAGCGUGGCUAGUGACUAUAAAAAACGAAAGAAUGUUUUCAGAUUGAGGUUGCGAGACGGAAGUCAGUACCUAUUUCAAGCAACGAAUAAUGAGGAUAUGUGCCGUUGGAUAGACAACAUAUUACUCACCUGCACUGAUACUUCUGACGAUAAGGGAUGCGGGUCACAAGGCGAUGGCACUAGUAGUCCAAGAUCUACGAGCAAUAUUGAAGUAGUCUUACCAGGAAGUGAUGAAGCAGCAUCUACUAGUCCUCUUAAUUCCGAUGAGAAAUCCCCGCUAAAGAGAUUAAAUUUCUUUAAAAAGAAGUAA